UUCAAGCAAUGCCGGCGGAAGCGGGUAUUUUAACCGUUCGAUAUCGAAAAGGACUUCGAUGUCGACUGACGGAGUUCUGCUUUAGGCGAGCACAGUGUAAUAGGAGACAACAUAAUAAAAUUAAUUCGAGGAUAUUAAUGAAUAUUUUUGGAAAGAUGAAUUUGACGACUUGAAGUUUUGAAACUCCACUUUCCGUGUCAAAGACUUGGCCGAACAAGAGAAGUUUUCUAGGCAGUUGUUAUUGCCUCUUAGAGAUGCGAAUGUUCCUACGGAUUUCUAGAUUAAAGAAAUUACUUACGAGAAAUCUUGUUUCUAAUUUCACGCUGGAAUGAAUUUUCAAUUAAUUAUCAAUUGGGUUACUCAAAAUGAAUACAUAAUCUCGACAAGAAGAAAAGGAAUCAUCUUCUCAGAGAUGUUUUUGCAUUGGAGUCUGAAUUACCUUGAUGAUAGAUUUUUUUUUCAAAUCGCUGUUGGCUUUCAGUUUCGAAGCUGCAAAUUGCUAGAGCAAAGAUUCCAUACACUUAACGACAGAAGCUAACAAAGCUCUUAAAGCUGAGAUAAAGUGAUUUGGACAAGCCAUUGUUUUCUCUUUGUAAUUAACUCUGUUGUUUACGAAGCGUCUUCACGAUUUGCAAACAUAACUGACUGAAAGCAAAAGAGUUAUGACGACCGAACACGAACAUCAGCGGGAAGAGGCGAGAAAUCCCUCACGUUUCGAUGAUGGUGAAGAAAUUCACCUCUAUUUGAAGAAAACACCAGUUUUGACAUUCUCAUCUGGUCCGGCGAUUGAAUCUUCAACCAGUAACUCUAAAGUGCCUGAAGAUCCGGCCAGUCUAGAGAAAAUGUAUACAGAAAGCGGCCACAAUCACAAACAAACAAACUGGUUCUCGAUCGACAAGAACUUUGGAAAAAGUGAGUUGGAAAAGGAACGGGUUAAGAAUUUCAAACUUGAAGGAUUCACAAGCGACACAGAACUUUUACUCUUGCCACAAAGCUCUCCCGCAAGUGGAAGAGAUCAUAAAAUGUUUCUAAGAAGCUUAUCACAAAGUUCGGCGGCCGAAACGAACGAAUCUUCCCCCAGCCAAAAACGACGACUUUCAGAUCCCACAGUCUCUGGAAAGAAAAACCCACACAAAAAUUUCGAAAGACAGGGAAGUUUGAAGAAGUUGCGUCCCAAACUGAAACGAAAGGCAGUGUCGCCCUUGCAUCUAUUUAGCAAAGCGGCCGCUUCCAAUACAAGCUCUAAACAUAUAAAUUCUAAUCCUGACGUGGUUCAAAACAAGAUGACUAAAGGUGACCCAGGAAAGAAAGCCCGUCUGGCCAAAAGGCUGUAUCCUUCCUUCAGCAAAGCGUACGAACAUUUAGCCCUAAAGGAAAGACGAGGAUCGGAUCCAACUGGUGUGCCGAGCAAAGAAGAAGAGAUAAGUUCUGUAAAUGAAUACGAAACAAUAAUUAACGACUUCUCAAACCAGAUUCAAGACCUGGCUUUCAAUCUGGAAAACCUAACCACCUCAGAUGCUAUGACCAAUUUCGCAUUAUCCGAUCGUCACAUCAAGACAAAUCGACUCCGCGGGGACUCAGACGGCAAAGAGAAUAGCAAGGGUGACUUUUUCAAACCAGAUGAUUUUCACUUGCAGGGAAUUUUGGAGGGGGUCUUGAGGUCACAUCUGUUAACCAUGGAUGAUUACUCUCCGACAAGCUGCGAUCGAGCGAGUAGAAGUAUAAGUAAGAUAAUUACUCGACUUUGUGGUAGCAGCGAUGGCGAGAAGCAAACGAGCGGAGGCGGCCAGCGGAAAAUAGCUUGCCUCGUAUACAUUGGAGCUGUGAGAGAUGGUGGAAUACAAAUGGCAGCUCAAGCACUGUGGACCCCAGAUGAGGACACUUUUGCUGCAGCUAGUUUUAGAAAUGACUCACUCUAUGGAUUAGCGGUUGUUAUAACGACACCCAAUUUUUGAUUCGUUAGAAAGAAACAAUUAUUUUUCACCUCGGGAAAGCCUCACAAAACGAUCCGUCCUCGACUAUCAUCUCGAUGCUAUGAUACAUAUUCAAACUAAUUUAAAUUUGUCAGGGCUUUUUUCAGGGCAAAAUUCUGUCGCUAAAAAAGAACAAAUAUAUGCACGAAAAAUCUCGAUAUCACGUGAAGUGAGCUGUUGACCCGAUCGCGACGUCGGAACGUGUCGUCAGGCCCCUCGAACCUAAAUUAAGCGAUGACACAGUCUUUAAGUCACAUUGUUCUUCUUCGCAGUUAUCACACCCAACUGAAACAUCCAAGGGUUCGAGAACAAGUAAAAGUAUUCUUUUUUAUCU